CGAGAAAGCGAACAGCCGGAGGAGAACAAAUUGUGGAGCUGUUCCGUUGGUGUGUGCUUUCCGGUGCUGGCUGAGUGAGAAUCGUGCGGAAGUGGUGUGCAGUGGCCAGUGUUGCGCGUAUCGAAAGCAACCCGUUCGACUCCCCAGUUCUCCAAGGCGACGAUAAGUCAUCCGAAGGUGUUCCAAUCUGCUGCCACAUCGUCGCCCCGAUGCACCGGCCCGUCGUGUAACGUGAGACAACGCCGGUUCCAGUAGCUGGACGCCGGACGCAACCACAGGACGAUCAUUUGUAUCAGACGUCUUGAGCAGCGGUUCCUGAUCCCCGUAGGGCCCGCCGCCCUAGAACACAAACAAUCCUACAAAAAUGGCCAAAUUUGACGGGAAAAAGUGCCGCCUGCUGACGGUGAUGUCGCUGACGGUGUUUUUCUUUUUCGUCGAAAUCGUCGUUGGCUACUUCACCAACUCGAUGGCCUUGGUGGCCGACAGUUUUCACAUGCUGGGCGACAUAGCGGCACUUGUGAUUUCGUUCCUAUCAAUUAAGAUGUCGCCAAAGAAGUGGUCCAAAAAUACGUUCGGUUGGGCACGAGCGGAAGUGCUCGGUGCACUGGUGAAUGCAGUAUUUCUCGUGGCUCUUUGCUUCAGUAUUACUAUAGAAGCCUGCAAAAGAUUCAUCGAGGUGGAACACAUCCACGAGCCCGAGCUGCUGAUUGUGGUCGGAGUGAUCGGACUUUUGGUGAACCUACUAGGCCUCUGUCUGCUGCACAAGCACGGUGGAGGAGGACACCUUGGGCAUUCGCAUGGCGGUGGUCUUACACAGUCGAAACAGAUGAGCGGUUCGAAUGGCAAUUUGGCCAACACGGACGACAAUGAAAACAAAUCCUUCAUGUACCAACAGAAUGGAGCGGCAGCGAAAAAACCAACCCACCAUGGCCAUUCGCACGAUUCCACGCAGAUGAACAUGCGCGGCGCCUUCCUGCACGUGCUCAGCGAUGCGCUCGGUAGCGUUGUCGUGAUAAUAAGCGCACUGAUUGUCAAAUACACUGACUGGGAGUACAAACUGUACAUGGAUCCGGCCCUAUCGGUAGUGCUGGUCGCGCUCAUCCUAAAGUCCGUGUGGCCGCUGCUGCGCGAAUCGGCGUUAAUUUUGCUGCAAACCGUACCGACGCACAUACAGGUCGAUGCCAUACAGCGGCGGUUGCUCGAAAAGGUCGACGGUGUGCUUGCGGUGCACGAGUUUCACGUUUGGCAGCUGGCCGGCGAUCGCAUCAUCGCCUCGGCGCACAUCCGCUGCCGCAAUCUGUCCGAGUACAUGAAGAUCGCCGAGCGGGUGAAAGAGUUCUUCCACAACGAGGGUAUCCACUCGACCACCAUUCAGCCCGAGUUUGUCGAACUCGAGCAGCUCAACAGCUUUUCCGCAGGUUCGGAUGGGUUUUCCAACAGCCUGAAUGGCAGUGCGACGCAGGAUUGCUGUGCGCUCGACUGUCCCACGACGGAUGAAAGUAGUUGUAUCAAAGCUACAUGCUGCCAAAACAACAAUAAUGUUAAGCCGGUGGUGGUAAUCGAUAAGGGCGGCACGGCCGUGGCAGCCGAUGAUGCCACCGAACAACCGACGGAUCCGAUGGGGUUCCGACACUCGUCGUCAUCGACGUCGGGACCGAAGGCUACCGACGCACUGCUGUUUCACGACGAUGAGCAGUUCGACAAGGACGAAUGACGAAGGCGGCAGACAAAAACAAUCAAACCGUGUGCCAACACUCGCGCACACAACACAAUAGACAGACAACGCCGCGUGGAAGAAAGAGGACAAGAAAAUAACAGCAACGAACCGGCCGGUGUAGAAUCACCUUGUGAGUGACGGUUUGGGCGAUAGGAUAGUUUGUUAUGAAACAUGGACGACGAAGACGACGACAGUGACAAAAAUGCCGCAGUAUAUUUAAUCUUCUCAACCAAAGGUCGCGCGCCCGUCGGUCGUCUGAGAGACGCUGCGGAGAAAGUGGUUCAACAUCCCGCUUGACUGAUUUUCUUUCGCUACGCCAAGCACCGGUACCUGGCUGGAGAAAGAAAGCGGAAGCAGAGUAUAAAGACACGGACUGUGACACGCUGGUCAACAACCAGAGGUCCAUAGCGUUGCUGUUAUAGCAGCGAAGGUGUUCUGUAAAACAAACACCACGUAAGGGAGAAACUAACGAGGAGCUGUGAGUAGGGAAGUAGGAACAUAGAAAGGGAGCGCUUGCCCCGUCUCCGAGGAACCUUCAUUCUGGGGUCAGGUUUGGUUGGCAAGCGAUUUGAUUUGUAGAGAAGCUUAUUUGUUUGGCGCUCUCCAGGAUACUGUCCACAUGGUGAUAACUAAAUAACUAAACAAACUAAGCACCGUGUGCGGCCGCAAGAAAAAGAGUCGCUUGUAACGGAAACAGGGGUUCAGGGAGAAAAGAUACAUAUUUAUAGUUUUCCUGCUUGUGGCACAUUAACUUUCUAUUCUUGUUUUAGUCUUUUAUCGUAAAUUGUGCUCCAUUCAAAUAAUUUAUCUUAUGACUUUUCUGUUGUGACGAUUCGUUAUCAUUAUACAUUAGGAAUGUAUCUUUAUAUUUGAACAGCAUUGUAGGACUUUUUGCUUUCGGUAAUACUAUAAUUAAGGCAUAGAGUUACUCGAGUGAAGUAGAAAAUGGUUUCGAUAAUGG